UAGAUGCCUGUGGCUUUGGGGAAGGACUUCGAAACAUGGGUGAACACCAAUAACUGAAUUCCGGAGCAACGGAUCGUCAGUAUGUGCAGUACGGAUGGUGGAUGGAGAAGUCGCUCCUCCGGGACUCCGCUCGGGUGACCGGGGAUUGCAUCAAACCAAGCACCUGUUUGCAUCGAUCCUUCGCUGGUUCACGUGUGGGAUACAGCUAUUCGGUUGAACUUAUCGCGAUAAGCGGUUCAGGCCACUCAAUGCGUGCUCCAGAUUACAGUUACCCACUUAGCAUGGGUGAUGGUUUUGAAGUACGGAGUAGAGGGUGGGGGUUCAUGUUGAGUAACUUGGCCCUUGGACCAACCAGCACUGGCAACACCAUGCAUCACAUCUUGGAGCUAACCAACAAUCCCUCCAUCUACAACAAACACAGAAUUUCCGGGGCAUGGGAGGGGAUUCUCCUGUCUGGAAUAACCCCCCCUGGGGCGAUCCCGCAAGCAUCCGCACAGAUCCUUUCCCCAGUGGUUUGCUGAGGAUCAAUGGGAUCGAACAGAGGCCGUUGUCGACCGACAGAGAGGGGAUUCUCAAAAUAUGGACCCUGGAAAGGGGAGCAGCAACUGCAAGUGGGAUGCAGAAAAAGGAAAUAAAAUCCCCGAUGAUCCUCGGUGCAUGGAUGUGAUUAUU